AUGAAGAAAAACAUUAAAGAAAAUGUCUCAGAAUAUCAACUAAAAUUGAUAAAGAAAAUCAUGCUCACUUUGUGCUGGAUCCUAGCAUUGUUUGUCAGCGGGGCAGAAGUUAGAGAGAUUUACUUGCCAGGAUGUUCCCAUGUCGAACCUCAAAUAUGGUAUCGUGCAAUUAGUGAUGAGGAGUUUGUUUUACAAUGUGCUUUACCAGAUAGAGAUGCUACCCACAUUUAUAACAACUCACUCCUAAAACAACAUCAGGUGGAAUGGUUCUGGCAUCAGAAAGGUAAAGAGCCACUGAAGGCUAUCAAGGGAAGCUCUAAUCCUGCUCUCCAAGGUGAUGCACUUUGGUUUAAACCAGUAAGGGACAAUGCUUCCGGAGUGUACAUCUGCAUGAUACGGGAAAAAAUCCCAUGUCUCAAAAUUGUUUUGGAGGUUCAAACAAAGAAGGUGGCAAAAUGUUCAGGUUAUGACACAAAUAUGCUAUAUCUUCUUGCUGCCAAUGGGAAUUCAAUAACCUGUCCUGGGACAAAAUGCUACAGCCAUGUAAAAAAGACAGAUGUAAAAUGGUACAAGGAUGGUCAUCAGAUAAAACAUAGGAAAAGCAGACAAAGUCUAAAGCUUAAGCCUAAUGAAAUCUACUUGAAUCCAACCUAUGACAGAGAUGCUGGAAUAUAUGUGUGUGAUUACACUCUGUAUGACAACACUACCAAGUGGACAAUGAGAACAGCAGUAACAGUAGAAGUCAUUGAAAAAAACACUAUCCAUCCACCAAACUUCUUGUAUCCCAAUGGUGUGGUGAUCCUUGAAGCAGAGCUUGGAAAGCCACUUGAAUUGGAAUGCCGUGUACAGUUCGGGUUUGAAAGAGUUUCUCUGAUGAGGGUAACAUGGAAAAGAAACAACAAGGAAAAUAUAAGUGAGAAAUUGAAUCAGGAAACAAGCAUUUAUUCAAAAGGUUUAAAGGGGCACACACUUCUUCAUGUUGCGAAACUGAAAGAGGUUACCGAAAGGGACCUCAGAAGCAACUUCACAUGCUUUGCUGAGAAUUCGGUGGGGAAUGCCACUGCUGUGAUCCAGCUGAAAAGAAAGCAGAGAGUGUUUCUUUUAUAUGUACUGUGCAGUGCCAUUUCUACUCUCUUUGUAUUCCUUUUGUGCACUGCCUUCAUUUACCAGCACUGGAUUGAAAUAGUGCUGAUGUACCGAAGUUAUCUGGUCCACAACGAAACUACAGGAGAUGGCAAAGAGUUUGAUGCAUUUGUGUCCUAUGCAAAACUAGACUCUUCUGAAAGUGACUCUACUUUAAUUAGUGAGGAAAAAUUUGCCCUGGAGCUUCUUCCAGACAUACUGGAAAAUAAAUAUGGAUACAAGUUAUGCAUUCUUGAAAGAGAUAUUCUUCCAGGAGGAGCAUACACAGAUGAAGUUGUUACAGCUAUUAAACAAAGCAGACGAGCAAUAAUUAUUUUGAGCCCAGCCUACGUCAGUGGACCAAGCAUCUUUGAACUGCAGGCAGCAGUGAACUGUGCAUUGGAAGACAAAAGGAUCAAGCUGGUAUUAAUAAAGUUCCAGGCUUUCCAAGAGCCAGAGACUUUGCCUCCAGUAGUGAAGAAAGCUCUUCGGAUUUUACCAGUCAUUACCUGGAAGACUUCUAUUUCUGCUGCUCCAAACAAGAAGUUCUGGAAAUAUAUGCAUUACCACAUGCCAGUGAAAACUACUAAGAUGUUGGGAAAUUGUAGCCUAAAGGGCUUUUUCCAAAGGUUAUUCAGCCUGGUAUAUCGAUAGCAGAAAUUUCGUAGAGGGAUGACAGCAGGGUCAGGAAUGGUGACGUGAUUGUAAAAGACCUUUUCUACAUCAGCUGACUGCUGUGGACUGUCACUGCGGUCAGCAAUAGCUCACUCCAAAACAGUGAGGACUGCAGUGUGACACUGCUGCAACCCCACAGUGAAACUAAGUGGCACUGUGCACAAGUAAAUGUGAGCUAUCUUGCAUAACUUAUUAUUUUAUUAUUUUUUUAUUAUAUUUAUUAUGUUAUUUUGCUGUGAUGUUGAGACAUACAUGUGAAUGUUUUGUUCUUUGCAUUGUAUUUCUCCUGGAAUAUUUUUAUACUUUUUUUGUAGAAAAGAUUAAAAAAGGGAACUCCAGAGGAAGCUUGCAGUUUAAUUUUCCUGUGCAGUCUAGUGGGACAAAUUCAAACUCUUUAAACAAGUUAUCUCCUCCUGUGGGAGCACCAAGGAAGCACCAUGGGACACUGCUAUAACUGGGUAUGCCGAAGAGGUUGAGAAAAGGAGC